AUGUCCAGAAGACGUACACCCCAGGCCCAGCGAGAAACCCCAGAAGAUGGCAUCUGCGAGCUACAUCAAGAGCCCUUGCAGCUCUUCUGCGCCCAGGACUGUGUCGUGCUCUGUGUCAUGUGCUUCUGUUACCAGGAUCACACUGGUCAUGUGGUGUGUGAAGUCGGGGACGCUGCACAGCAUUGCAGGACGUUAUUCCUGGGGAUCUUGAAAACACUAAAGGAGAAACUUGAGGUAGCCAAAAGCAUCUUGGCAGAGGAACAAGAAAGAAUGGUGUCGGUCCAGGGAGAAGAACAGAAUUUUAGAGAGAUGAUUGAGUCUGAACACAGGAUAUUAUUCCAGUUGAUAAUUAAAAUAAACGAGAAGAACCUAAAGAACCACCAGGGCAGCAUAAACUGGAAAGAAUUUGGUUUGAUUCAACUGAGUGAGUUUGCAAAAGAAGUUGAGAAGUCCCAGGAAACUAUCCAGAGACUGAACAAGCUGAGCAGAGAAAACAUGAUGAAACUGCAAGAGAGUGAAGCCAAGCUCAGGGAACAGAUUUGCAACCUCCAAAAGAUCUCAACAGAGUUAGAGUGGAAGUGUGGGCAAUCUACCUUCGUGUUGCUCCAGAAUGCGGGAUAUUACUUGGAAAGGGGGGAGUCGCUACUGUACCAAUGUCUAGAGCCGGCCUGCAUCACAGAGCUGAGUUUAUGCCAUGUAUCAGGAAUGAGCAAAAUACUCAAAAACUUCCAAAGACCUAUAACUUUGGAUCCUAACACAGCUCACCCCUGUCUGGUCUUGUCUGAGAAUCUGAGAAGUGUGAGGCUCAGAGACGCCCAGCCGGCCACACCGGCCAACCCCAGGAAGUUUGACUUCAGUGCCACAGUGUUGGGUGCGGAGGGCUUUACCUCAGGGUGGCACUACUGGGAGGUGGAGGUGGGGAAGGCAGACAAAUGGCAGCUGGGCAUCUGCGUCGACGCACACACAAGGGCUGACAGGCCUGGCGCGUCUGAGUGUAAAAUCCUGCUCACAAGGUCCGUCAUGGGGAACGAUUGCACCUUCUGGGUCUCACCCCCUUUGAAAAGGGUCUCUCUGCGGGAGCGCAUGGGCACAGUCGGGGUCUUCCUCUACUAUGAGUAUGGGCAGCUGUCGUUCCACGAUGUCACCAAGGGACACCUCAUUUAUAAUUUCUCAAAUCUUUCCUUCUGGGGCACGGUCAGGCCGCUCUUUUCUCUUUGUGUCCCAAACGGAGGCUCUGCCACCGACUCUCUCAGUAUCUGUCUCCCACCCAUCUCAGCGGGCGCCGGGCGCUGUGCCCGUUAG